UGUCUCAAGGAGUGUUAGUUGGUAGAAUAACGUAUUAGGUUAAUUUUUUAUUUAGUAGCACAAGUUUGUCAGCACAGUACGUAUUUAUUAUCAUCAUGUCGGACCCUGGUGGAUUUGAUCCUUGUGAAUGCCUGUGGAAUCACGAACUGGCGAUGCAACGUUUGAUUUCCUUGCUCAGAUCAUCACAGUCAUACUGCACAGAUAAUGAAUGUAUUUCCGACCUUCCUGGAUUGCAAGGACAGCAACAGGCUCAUGAAUCAAAUAUUCCUUUCUUAGUACUUUGUUGGGUUGUACUUGCAAUGGCUUUGUUUUUUCUUCGACCAAGCUCAACAAUGCGACAGGGUGAUGUUAAACCAAGUGAUAACCAGGGACCUGGUCCACAGCCUCCUACUCCACCCCCAGCUGUGAAUUAACUCUACAACGAAGUUCUAUAUACUAUAUAUUGGAAUCUUAUUCUUCAUAUACAAAUGUGAAUGGCUGUA